AUGACGGUGGAACAAAUCCCUCUCUGGCUGGAUUGCGAUCCGGGACACGACGAUGUCUUUGCCAUUCUGCUGGCCGCCUACCAUCCCAGACUCAAGCUCCUCGGCAUCUCCACCGUCUUUGGCAAUGCACCGGUAGAAAACACCACGCAAAAUGCCGCUUCCGUCCUCACCGCCAUCGGCAAGCAGCACGAGAUCCCGCUACACGUCGGCCUCGCCAAGGCCCUCGAGCGGCCCGCCAUCCACGCGCCCGACAUCCACGGCGAGUCGGGCCUCGACGGCACCGCCCUCCUGCCCGUGCCGGACGUCGCGCCGUCGCCCGUCCCCGCCAUUGACGCCAUGGCCGUCGCCCUGCGCGCCCAGCCCCCGGGAACCGCCUGGCUCGUCGCCACCGGCUCCCUCACCAACGUCGGCGCGCUGCUCCGCGCGCACCCGGACCUCGCCGCGCACAUCAAGGGCCUCAGCAUCAUGGGCGGCGCGCUCGGCGACGGCUUCUCCGCGGCGACGCUCGGCAAAGUAGACGGCAGGGAGCGCAUCGGCAACGUCACGCCCUGGGCGGAAUUCAACAUUGUCAUUGAUCCAGAGGCCGCGGCCGAGGUCUUUGGCAAUCCGGUGCUGGCGCGCAAGACGACCGUCGUGCCGCUGGACCUGAGCCAUCAGGUGCCGGCGACGGCUGCGGUGCGCGAGAUGCUGCUGCAUGGGAGGGCGGGGGCCGUCUUCGGCGCCGCCGCCAAGACGGCCGAGGACGCGACAAAGGGUAAGACGACGCUGCGGACCAUGCUCGUCGAGCUUCUCUACUUUUUCGCCAACACCUAUGCCGACGUGUUUGGCAUCACCGAAGGCCCUCCCCUGCACGACCCCCUUGCCGUUGCCGCCGUGCUCACCGGCACGCCCGACGAGAUUCCGUUCCACGAUUGGGAUGCCGAGCGCAGCGAGGCUCCCCGGUAUGACGAGCGUUUCGACGUCUCCGUCGUGACGGUCGGCGUGUUCGAGGACGCCAGGGACGGCAAGGCUGAGACUGGCCGCACCGUGGGCACAUUGCUGCCACGCGGCCAGCCGGGCGUGCGCAUACCGCGCUCGCUAGACGUGGCCAAGUUUUGGAACGUCAUUGAGGAUUGCGUGGAACGGGCCGAUGCGGUCAAUGCAGCCAACGGAAGGACGUGA